CAAUAUCUCUUUGUACCUACAACUAUUCUAGUUAUUUUUUCUUCAUCAGACAGAUUUUUGGUGAUUCUGUAAUUCUUAAAUUUCGGAGGAUCCAGUGAUCCCAGUGACCAAGAUCAUAAUGUCUGGGACGGAAAAAGAAUAUUUUGGUCCAUUAACUCUGCAUCAAAAAAGCGAAACUCCUACUAUUUUCAAGAGCGAUGAAUCUGUGGAAUGUUUUUGUGUAUUGUGUGAGGAAAAGUAUCAUUUACCAUCUGAAGAGAAGCAAUUACUCACGCACCUGUUUAUGGAACAUCGGUUAGUGAUAGCUGAUGUGAACCAGAUAGCGGAUCUUGGCGGUUACCUGAAAUAUUGGAGACUUCGAUUUGCAGAUCAAAGUCUAUCAUUUUACUGCUCAACAAUGCUGCUUGACAAGAAGCCAGAUGGCACUCUUUCACCAAAUGAGGAGUACUUUUUAUUGAGUGAUGUUCUUCCAGAAGAGAAAGAAUUACGAAGUAAUUUACAACAAACAAAGCUUGAAAAGUUAUUGGAUCGACAUCAAUUUGAGAGAGAAGACAAAAAUUAUGUACGUGAGUGUUUAUUUUGCAGAUAUAUGUCAACUACUACAAGAGCAAAUUAUUUGAACCAUUUAUAUGAAAAACAUAAUUUCCAUAUUGCCAAACCGGACAACCUUAUAUUUAUUGAUGAAUUGAUUGACACUGUCUCAUCUAAAUUAGAAAAUCUCAAAUGCAUUUACUGUGAAGGAUUGUUCAAAGACCGUAUUAUACUUAAGGAGCACAUGCGUAAGAAAGGCCAUAAGAGGAUUAAUCCUGAUAAUAAGGAGUAUGACAAAUAUUUUCUAGUCAAUUAUUUAGGUGAUAAACAGAAGCCGAAAAAUAGUACUAAGCUAAAUAGUAAAUAUCGCCCCACACAAUCAACAGCACACCGAGCACCACAAAAGCCUGAUUAUGACAAUGAUUCCAAUGUUGAUAGUGAUCCAGAUUGGUCUGAAUGGAUGGAAGAAAACGGCCCGUUAAUAACCUGUCUUCUCUGUGACAGUACGGAGAUGGAAUAUGAUAAUAUUUUAAAGCACAUGGAAAAGCAACAUGAGUUUUCGUUCACAGAUUUCACGAAAGGCCUAAAUUUUUAUCACAAAAUCAAAAUAGUUAAUUAUAUACGGCGGCAGAUACAUUUGAAACAGUGUCUGUCAUGUGACACAAAAUUUGAUGACUCGAAAAAUCUUGAGAAGCAUUUGAGGGAGACAAAACAUUGGUCGGUGAAGAAAGAAAAGUGGGAUCAACCAGAAUUUUACUUUCCUACGUAUGAAGAUGAUCUGUUUCUUAGUUUUAUUCAGGAUGAUGAAGAGAGCUGGUGGUCAGAUGAUGAACAAGAAGUUAACAGGAGGAAUAGUAUGUCUGACAGCAUUUCUAAGGAAAUGGCUAUGGCCGUGCUGGAUGACUAGGUACCUAAUUCAGAAGAGAUUGUUUUGUAUGUGCCAAAAGGUGCUGUAAUGAUGUGAGACACUUGUGUUGGCUGUAUGGCUGUUGGAUAUAUAUUGUGCGAAACAUUUUGUUCAAAAAAGGCAUACCUAGUAUAUUUUCUUGAGCUCUCUCUUAGUCUAAAAAGCAGGUUUUCAAACCUCGGAUAAAAAUAUAUGUAUAUUUAAAAAUUAUAGUAGUUAUUUGAUGUAAUUUAAACCAUUUAAAAUAAGGUAUCAAAUUGCCUCAUGUGUUUUAAUCAUAAAUUUCUUUAUUCAUGUAUGAAUGUACAUAGCUGUGUAUUUGAGAAAUGAAAUCUUAUCAAAACAAUUCUUUCAUACUAGACUGAUAAAUUGUUUAUUGUAAUUUUUAAUGAAUAUGGUGCAGUCGUUUUUAAUCCAUGCAUGACAGGCUGAUUUAAAAAAAAUCAUGUCCUUGAUAAAUUUUCUUUACUAUAUAGAGCUAUUAAUAUAUACAGUAUUUCAAUAUUAUAAUCAUCCAUAUGCAGUUAAAAUUAUAUGUGAAAAAUUAUACUCUCUUACACAUAAUAAUCAAUAUUGUAAUAAAUUAAACAUGUUACCCUAUAUAAAAUGCAUAUUAUCUAUUAA